UGUUGAUCCGUCUGAGAACGCGGCGGCCUUGUUCCCACGUCCGCCGUGCACGGCAACAGAGGGUCGACUUCUGAACCCUGGCCAACGUUUAAACUCGCGCCGUCUUCUUACAAAACAAUAACAACAAGCAAGCAAGCAAGCGUCAUGCCGGCCCGCUACGUCGGCGCGUUGCUCGGUCUGGCGGCGCUCGCCGCGGCUACCUCCACGGCGACCCCCGGCAAAGCCUCGGCCUUGCCUAACAAGGCUGCCGCGUUCAACCGCACCGAGGCCCCCGGCAAGGAGGCCUCGGCGCCUGACGGCUCGUACAAGUCCCCGUUCGACAACCUCAUGAUCCAGCGCGCUCUCUACGUCCUCAUCGGUGUCACGGCCGUGGUGGUCAUAUACUUCAUCAUUCGCACCAUUAGCGUGGGCAAGCGGUCGAGAAGAAACAAGCGGUACGGCGUUCUGAGCACAUCAGCUGAGCACAUCGAGCUCGCUGCCCUGGAGCAGGAGGACGAUGACGACGAUGAGGACACCACCCUCUUCGAAGCUCGCCAGGGCCGGAGAUGAGGACACCAGGCGAUGUUGGAUGUAGGAGUUCACCGACUGCACCGGGGGAAAAAAAAUAUGAAAGGCCAAGCAAAGAGCGACAGUGCUUUUCCCGUUCACCAGAAAAGUUUUGUACAUAAAUUUCACACGCGCGUGUUGGUAGAAUUAAUGAGUGUUGUUCAGGAGCCUGAAAUCUUAUUAUCUUCCGAGAAGCAUCAACACUUUGUGAGGGAUGAUGAAAAGGUUUGGAUUCGGUGUGCGAUCUACUUUCGGUGGGUCUCUUGGUAGGAAUUUAUUUUUGUUAUAAAGAAGUGAAUGUGAAUGAUAUAACUUCCAGUCGAAUUAACUUUCAAGGAAAAUAGACGUGUGUGCUCAUCCUAUUUUGUAUCGUGUCUAAUGAUGCUGUCAAAGUCAAUCUGUGCAACAAGUGGCUGCGUGUGGCCCUUGGAGUAUAGCGAUGCUGAGGUCAGGGCACUGAGUCAGCAAUGCCAAAAGUAUGGGUUGGAUCCUAGUCACCAAUGACUGACUAAAAUAAACACGGAAUUAGUGUUUUUUUGGAAUUGGUUAAGGAACACUGUUGAUAUUGUUUUGAGUUGUGUUGUUACUUUGGUGAGGGUUUAGUUUGUUUUCAGGUUAACAGCCUUUCGUCGUUUCACGAGUUCAUGUUUUCUGAGCUGACCGGUAACUAUUAACAUGGUGUCACUCUCAUAAAGCACGAUAUCACUUGCUACCAAACAGGGAUUUUGGUUAAGAGUUGCCACAAACGGUAGAUUGCCCUCCCAUUUCAGCAAUUAACGCUGUUUUCACCAACAACCCAAAUGUUCUUGGUGAGCAAUACUCGAGGAGAAUAACUGUGCUUAGCUUCAGAUGUAAUAUAUUUUAUUACUGCCUACCAUAUUGUGAUCCUGAUCUUUCUAAAACCGCUUUGGUUUUUGCGCCGCUUGUCUAAAUGUGUCUUCGUGUUGUACUUCGUGUCGUGCUGCGUGUUAUUCCACGUGUUCUUUGGCACGAUGUCCGACAUGGAGAGCUGCAAUUAUCCGGUUGUGAAUUAUGUUUGAUUCAAGAGGCUCUGUAUGAUUAAGAAUUAAGUGAAAAGGCUGCAAGCCUCUCACAUCGAGCUUUUAUUUUUGUCUAAGGGGCACACAUUGUCCCGUUUCACUUCAUUUAGUGAGUGACAAAUGUCAACGUUCUCUUUAUGCUUCGUCAAGUAUUUGUUUUUAUUGUUACGUGUAUAAUGACCAAUCAAUAUGACAUUCAUGUAUGUCAUAAAAAACAUUGCCAUGUGGACGCAGCGCAGUGCAAGUUUACGACUUUUCGGCUUUCCUUAUCCAAAUUUGGUGAACAAAACUUUUGUUGUGAUAAGCGUAUAGAGUUUUCUUGUUUUUUCUCACUGCUGUUUUCAAUUCUAUCAUUUCUCUUCCAAAAAGACUAAUGUCUUUUCUAAAGGGACGUUCUCAUCCACCACUUAAAUGAAGACAAAAUUGGGCAACCAGUGUAUGUAUCCACCCAUUCACUCGAAACCUUUAUUGCCAAAGUGAAACUUCAUAAUUACUUUUUAAAAAGUCACCGUAUUUGCCAGGCAUGGUGCGGCAUACCUGCGAUGCAGUGCUUCUACGUGUGGAUGGUGGAUCACGUGAACGUCACUGUGUGACUGGUCUUGCAGGCCUAUGACGUGGCUAGUAGAUGGCAAUAAAGCAAGCGGAUUUGGUGACCCGUCUUCAUGACCUUUUGAGUGUCAUCCCCUAGUAUGCAUGGGAUUGUUUUCAGAUAUGCCAAUUUUCUCCCACUUGCAACAUAAGCAUCAAAGAGUAUUUGGCAAAACAUCCCAAUGUAAGAUCAUUCCUGAAAAAAACAACUAAUCCAUUGAUUAUUUAAAUUAAUAGAACAGGUGGUGAAGUGUACAGAAAGAUACAAUAAAACUGCAUAUACGAACCAUACAGCUAUUUGUGACAAUGUUGAUUAUGGAAGAAUGAUAAACCCGUAGGUCUGAGGGUAUGAUCACUUAUGAAUUCGUGUUCCCUUAGUAACAUUGUGGGGGAGUCGAGUUCAAAGUUGCAUGCCACUUAGCCAUUUUGUUGGAAUUUGAAACGUUCUGUUCUCGUGGCCACCUCGUUCCAUCUUCGACCGAUUACCAAAGGGCACCAACUGCUUAGCAUUGUCCGUGAGAGACACUGCAGCGUUGUCAGAGAGCAAUGUUGUAGCAUUAACAUUCUGUUUCUAGAUUUGACAUUUUCGUGACUGCAAGGGUCCAUACUCUUGGUUCUUUCGGUAAAGUCACGUAGGUAAAGAAAAUAGUAAAUAAAUUAAAUCACGACGUUUCGAUUGCGAUACAAGCAAUCAUCAUCAGGUGUGACAACCACCGCAAGAAUUUUUUUUACUGAAGUGACGUUCUAACAUUCUAUUUCUAGGAGGACAUUUAUUAUUUUUUGUGCGACUGACAUAUCUGAAUUCUACCGUGCAAAAGAAUGAACCUGGGCCUUCACAUGAUGAAUGGACAUUUAGUCAUGUCAGAAUGUCUAUAAAUGUUUGGUAAUGCUCAUCUUUCUGUAAAAUUGAUCAAUUGCGCAAAUUCUUUUUCCCAUGGUGUGGGGCCCAGUCUGUCCAUUUAAAUACCACUGUUGACCUCCAUUGUGUACUGCUGCUUCCAAUUUCCCCCACGGGUUUGACUUUUGCAAUCUUUCUAUUGUGCAUCAAGCACAGUGCUACAUGGCCUCAUUUGACACUCGUGUGUGUAUGCACAUUCUCAGGGCUUAGCUCGUCCUAAAUGUAUUUCCCUGUAGCUGUAAUGUGUUUUUUUGCACUUUAAGUCUCGUUUAUUAUUGCCAAUGUCUGUAUGCUUCAGGUGAACUGGGAGUGACCGUUUUGCAGUGACAAUUCUGUAAUUUGCCAGAUGUUGCCAUGCUUGUAGUACACUGCUUUAGAGGUGGGGGUUGAUGGAUCAUGCAAAGAUCAUUGUGUGCACGAGACAUGCAACGCAGUGUUAUUCUCUUGCAUGCCUGGGCUUUCUCCAGAUACUCCGGUUUGCUACCACAUGCAAAAUGUGUAGAAAAGGAUUAUCAGUUUGUUUUACGUCAUGGUUUUCUGUAAUGAUGCUUGGGAUGAGCAAGAUUGUUUGAACAAAAAUGUCCCUUCAAACCUGUCUCCUUAAGGAAAAGCAUCUCCCUGGGGUGAUGCUUUCUGGGAGACACUCGCAGACAGUGGUAGAAAUUCUCACCUUCCCAUGCAGGUGGCCGGUAUCUCAAAAUGACGACCACAUUCGAUUGUUAUUACGAGGUGGUGCGAUUGAUUGGAAGUAACGACUGCCACAUUUGACCCUGACCACGUUGUGAACUCUUGCCCAGAUCGUCGAGUCGAACACUCUAACAACUUGUAUUUGGUUAUAGUGUCUCUUUAGAAGUAAUACGUGUUGGUGAGUAAGAACACGUGGCUUUAGUUGGGAGUCAAUUCAAAGUUUACCACCCUGCUCAAAUGUGCAAUGGGGUGGAGAGCAUCUGCGUAGGUUGCUCUGAACCAGUUGUGGUAAUUCCUCAUUCCUGUGGCGGGUGCCAGGCAUCCCAUAGGACUAUAAUGGCCAUAUUAUCUGAGCACGGGUCCAGUCUUUAUGUGAAGUUAAUUUAGAAUUAAUUAAUUGGACAUCGUCUUUGUGCCUGCGUGGUGAAGCGUGCCUGCGUGGUGAAGCGUGCAGGUGUGUCACGUGGAAGACUUGACAGCAACACUCAUCCGUUGUACGUCGCAUAGUCUAUACUCUUUGGUUUAUUCGGUAAAGUCACGUGGGUAGAAAAAUAAUAAUACAUCACGACGUUUUGAUCGUCAGAUGAAGGUGAAGACGGUUGCUUCAGGUGAAGACGGUUGUUUUUUGGUGGCGAUCGGAACGUCGUGAUCUAUUAUUUUUCUACCUACGUGACUUUACCGAAAGAACCAAAGAGUAUGGAUUCCUGCAGUCACGAAAGCUUCAAAUCAAAAGUCGCAUAGUCCGUCGUCCACUUGUUUACCACUAUACACAACCACGUGUUGCUGUGUCCAGGAAUGUAUGUCGAUGGCUUGAUGUACAAUGCAACUGCAGGUUGCUUUGCCCAGGUGUCUUGAUUUACGUUUUGAGUAAGCUGUGAUGUAAUGCUUUUGUCAGAUUUCUUUUUUUCAUUUUGAAACUGGGUGGGGGUUCAUGAUCACUGUACAUACCCGUCUGUACAAAUACACGCUUUGGCUUUGGGUGCACUGCGAUGUCUGUUUUCAUUGUGAAACAAAUUAAAGUACUUUUAACAUAAAGCAUUUUUUGGUUUUGUGUUUAGGAUGAAAUGACGGUGUAUUGCUCACAGAUGUGCUACAGUAUCAAGUCAUAUUCUCUCCCUGAGUACAU